GGGGGCGGGCGGGGAGGCUCGGAGGGGAAAGCGGGCGGCUGGGCCAUGGAAGGCGCCAAUGGAUUUGGGAUCGACUCCAUCCUCUCGCACCGAGCGGGCAGCCCCCCGCUGCCCAAGGGGGACCUCCCGGCCGGGGACUGCCGCUCCCCCCUGGAGCUCAACCCCGGCUCGGAGGGCAGCGGCAGCAGCGACUGCCCGUCGCCCGCCUCGCCCAGGAGGGAUUGCGUCGAGGCCGGGGCGCAGCGGGCGGGACCGGCCUUGGAUUCGCACCUGCAGCCGGGGCAGCUCUCGGCCCCUUCCCAGUCGCGCACCGUGACCUCGUCCUUCCUCAUCAGGGACAUACUGGCCGACUGCAAGCCCCUGGCCGCCUGCGCGCCCUACUCCAGCAACGGGCAGCCGGCCGCCCAGGAGCCUGGGGCGCGCCUCGUGCCCAAGCCCGGGGACGACUUUAGAGACAAACUGGACAAAGCCGGCAGCAACGCCUCCUCGGACUCGGAGUACAAAGUGAAGGAAGAAGGUGACCGGGAGAUCUCCAGCUCCCGGGACAGUCCUCCCGUGCGCCUGAAGAAGCCGCGCAAAGCCCGCACGGCCUUCACCGACCAUCAGCUGGCGCAGCUGGAGCGCAGCUUCGAGCGGCAGAAAUACCUGAGCGUGCAGGACCGCAUGGAGCUCGCCGCCUCCCUCAACCUCACCGACACGCAGGUCAAGACCUGGUACCAGAACCGCAGGACCAAGUGGAAGCGGCAGACGGCGGUGGGGCUGGAGCUCUUAGCCGAGGCGGGGAACUACUCGGCGCUGCAGAGGAUGUUCCCGUCGCCUUAUUUCUACCCGCAGAGCCUCGUCUCCAACCUGGACCCCGGGGCCGCCCUCUACCUGUACCGGGGCCCCGGAGGCCCGCCGCCCGCCCUGCAGAGACCUCUGGUGCCCCGCAUCCUCAUCCACGGACUUCAGGGGGCCGGAGAGCCGCCCCCUCCCCUGCCCCCGCUGCCUGGGGUCCUUCCCCGGGCGGCCCAGCCCCGGUGAGCCGGACGCGCCCUCACCCCCCUCGUCCCCCUCCCUGAACCCCCCCCC